GGUCCUAUUUUGGAAGCGUAUUGUGCUCUAUCGAUGUUAAUAGAGAUUUGUUUACGGACGUACUAUUGGUUGGGUCACCUAUGUUUAUGGGUCAACACAAAAAUGAAGAAGGAAGAGUGUAUGUAUUUUCUGUCAAUCAGCAAGGUAGCCUGGAAAAGCGAGGCAUCUUAGAAGGGCCAGUUGAUGGUAAGAACUCUCGAUUUGGAGCUGCUAUAGCUGCUGUUGCUGACAUCAAUCUGGAUGGCUACAAUGACGUUGCAGUUGGAGCCCCUGUAGAAGAUGAACAACAUGGAGUCGUAUACAUUUUUAACGGAGACCAAACAUCGAUCCUGUCAAAACAUACACAAAGAAUACAAGCCUCAAAGAUCAGCCAUCAAUUGCAAUAUUUUGGAUUAUCCAUUGAUGGGCAGAAGGAUUUGAAUGGUGAUACCAUCACAGACUUGUCAAUUGGAUCCAUUGGAAAUGUUGUGCAACUCUGGUCACGAAGCAUUGCAACUGUAAGGUUUACAGUGGUGUUUGAGCCAACCAAAUUGUCAAUUUUAAACAAAACUUGUCAGAUCAAUGGAAACCAGCUAAUUUGUGGCAAAGUCAAAAUAUGUUUCCAAGCAACGAUCAAACCAGAAAACUCAGUAUCAUCAAUCAAUAUUAGGUACAAUGCAACGUUUGAUAUGAGUCUCAAGUCAUCUCAUGCUACUUCACGAGCAUUGUUUCAAACAAAUCAUAUGCGGGAAAUACAAAAUGACAUUUCAGUUGAUAAACUGGAAAAAUGCAACAUAUUUAACUUUUAUGUCAAUGAAAAAAUUGAUGUUGUGAACCCACUUAGUCUACGUUUAGACUUUGCUCCCAAAAAUACUGAAGUUGGUCCUAGCGUUGAUGCCUACACAACAAGGUCCAAGGAGUUUUUUAUUCCAUUUUCCAAAGACUGUGGUGAUGAUGAAGAAUGCAUAACAGAUCUCGCUAUUAAGGUUCACUCAAAUAUUCCAAAUAACAGUAACUACAUUGUUAGCAGCAAGAAACAACAGAUGACAAUUAACGUAGAGACAGAGAACAAGAAGGAAAACGCAUUUAAUGCUAAAGUGAUAGUUCAUUUUUCUGAUAACAUCUUUUUUGCAUCAGCACUGAACACUGACUGUAGUGAAGUAAACUCAACCUCAGUAUCCUGUGACAUUGGGAACCCAUUUUUAAAAGGGGGAGAUAAGAUCUCUUUUGACAUCUACUUUGAUUUUAAUGUCAACAAGCCACAGAAGGAUACAUUUGUGAAAUUCCAUGCUAAAAGUGGAAGCAAUGAAAACCCAGAAACUGAAUUUGACAACGAGGCAAAUGUUAUCUUUACUGUGCAGUAUGAUAGUGAAAUUGUCUUCUUGGGAAUUAAUAACAAAAAUUUCUAUGAAAUAGCUUCUAAAACAUCAGUUAACAAAACAAGACCUCCAUUAGAUCAAAUUAGUCCAGAAAAUGUUAUUACACUCACAGUCAAUACUGGACACUUCCCCAUACAGACUGCCUAUGUCAUGGUUGAAAUACCAGUAUCUACAAAAAAGAACAAUCGACUUUUAUACCUUACUGAUUUAAACCACAGCAACAAUAUCAUUUGUGAUGCAAAACUUGAUACUCUGGACAUCGCCAAUUAUCAUUCCACAACUUUUAAGAAGGAGAGCUUCAGCAGUUUCAACAAUUUGAAUUGUGAAAAUGUCAAUUGUGAGAAAUUUUUAUGCAUUAUGAACAAUCUCAAAAUGAACAACCAAUACACAAUCAAAAUUGCUAUGAGGAUUUGGCUGAAGACAUUUAUAAACGCUGACUUUCAAAGAAUAACGCUAACUCCAUCAGCAAAGAUUGAAACAAGGAAUCCAUUGUUCAUCAUCAAUGCUAAUAACGUGACAAUGCCAGUUGAAAUAUCAAAACCAAUGAAGAAAGAAGUUCCCAUCGGAGUGAUUGUGGGGAGUGUGAUAGGAGGACUACUUGUACUUCUGGCAUUGAUUGCUGUCUUGUGGAAACUUGGAUUCUUUAAAAGAAAAUACACCAAACUGCAAAAGGAUGAAGAGGACAAUGAAAACAAUGGUGACCAAGAUGCUGAAGAAGAAUAAUGAAUGAUAUUUGAAUCCACUGUGAAUUUUUACUUGUUCUGUUUAGCACUAUUUUUUGCAGUGAACAGCUAAAGUAUCUGCUCACAAAAUUAUAUGAAAUAUCAACUCACGAUCAAAAGAGUUUGACAAUAUUAGAUAAAUAUUCAUGUUCCAUGCAUUCGUUGUUUACAUUUUAUGGGAGUGAAAUUUCUACUUUGAAAGGAAAAGAAAAUGCACUUGUUUUUCUUUGUAAUUGACACACUAAACAAACCAUGGAGGUACAUGGCUUUAAAAUGUGGCAUUUCUAAGAUGGCAAGUUAAUUUGUGCGUUGUCAAUUAUGAAGGAAAAUGGACAAUUUUCCUGGGAAUUUCACCAUUAAUCUUUCAGAUUUUAAAAUAUAACGUCACUGUUCCAGUUUUACAAAAUAUGCUUAAUGUUUUAAGUGGGUGAUACCAUGGUGAAUAAUCGACAGUCACUGAAUUUUGUUAUACAAUGCUCAUACUGUAAAAGAGAAAAAUAAUAACAUUUACACCUCAAGAUAUUUUAAUUUCUAACUAGGAUCAGCAGCAACAAAUAAAGGGUAACUGUGCUGUGUGGUACUUUACUGAUUAUCACUGAGAUACUGAGUACAAAUCUCUGCACUGCAAAAAGAUUGCACAUUGAGAGUGAAUCUCAGAUAUAUGAUACAUGCAUGCAACACCUGUCCAAGUUUCUAAAGUGGUGGCCCAGGAUUCCUGCCAACAGCACAUUAGAAGUUAUCCCCAUUGUCUUCACAUGUACAAUGACCAAGUAUAAAUAUUGGAUCUGAUCAAAAACAGUACCAUAACAUGGGCCCAAUAAUUACGCACAAUAUGAUACCAAAUCACAAAUAUGGAAAGUUAAUUCUAGAUUUAAACUUGCAUUGCAAUUCAAAGCAUAUAAUGUUGUCAGACUGCAGUGACAUACUAUUAAACUUUACAUUUUACACCUGUUUCUCUGCACUGUAUCAUAUGUUUUGAUAUUUCAAAUUUGAUCAGAGCAGGAAUUCAUCUGAAAUUUAUGACAUACUCUAAGCUCAAAAUGGGUUCCUAACAGCAAUAAUAAAAACCCACUGUGUGAUGGACUUAAUUUAUAAAAGCUACUGUCAUGGAGGGGUUGUGUUCAAUGGUACUAAUUAUGUAAAUAAAACUUUCCUAAUUUCUUUUGCACAAUAUUUGUUAAGGAUUGUUUUUGUACAAUUUAUCUUUGGGAUUAGGUAGGAAUCAUAAGAAAUUUCUUUGACAAGAGAAAAGACUUCUCAAGUCUGGUACUGUUUUAAAUAAUGUGAUUAGCAAUUUAUGUUUCAUGUGGAUUAACAUUUCUGCCUCCAAUAUGAGAUUGUAUUUUUUAUUGCUUUUGAACAGUGUAAAAACUGCCAAAAAAAACCUGCUGAAAAUCAAGUAUACUGAUCACUCUGGUAGUUUGAAUCCUUACAUAAAAGUCAGCUAUGGUGCACUGGUGGGGACUUUGCUAUUUGCACUGGUACGUUUUUAUACAU